CACUCACAUGGACACCAAGAACUUGUGUUAUACUGUGGCCUCUCGUGAGGCGUUUCUCACGCAAGCUCUGGACUUGUGGACUUUACAGCAAGCACCAGGAGAAGUUGGCUGCCAUAAUGACUCAAACAGGAGCUAUGAAUGCAAUGAAGUCCAGGAUGGAGGUAGCGGCAAAAAUGAAAGAUGAAGACAAACUUUACAAGCGAGAUGGAGUUCUAUACUCCACUAUCCUGAGCCCCCCAGAGACACUCGAGAAGUUACAAGACCUGGAAGCCAGAGAGGAUGACCUUAUUCUGGUGGCAUACCCUAAAUGUGGCUUCAACUGGAUGGUGGCAGUCUUGCGCAAAAUCAUGAAUGCUUCCACUGGCAAAAACGAGGCACCACCCGAGAGGCCCCCUCUGGUUGAAUUUUUACCUCCAGAAGCUCAACAGAAACUGGCUGAAACACCUCCACGAAGACUUCUGGGAACACAUUUGCACCCUGAUAACAUGCCUGCCACUUUCUUUACAAAGAAACCAAAGAUUCUAGUGGUGUUUAGAAAUCCAAAAGACACCCUCGUCUCAUAUUUCCAUUUCAUGAACAAAAACCCAGUUCUACCCAGUGCUGAGCCAUGGGACAAGUUCUUCUCUGAGUUCAUGGCUGGUGAAGUUGCCUGGGGCUCUUAUUUUGAUCACGCUCUUGCCUGGGAAAAACGUCUAGAUGACCCUAACGUGAUGAUUGUGACAUACGAGGAACUGAAACAGAACUUAUCAGAAGGUGUGAAAAAAAUUGCGGAGUUCUUCAACUUCCCAUUGACAGAGGAACAGAUCAGCAACAUCGCCGGAGAGAGCACAUUCAAUGCCAUGCUGGAGAACUCGCAGAAGUCUCACGGGAAUUUUGGACAAGUCUUUUUCCGCAAAGGUGAGGUGGGCGACUGGAAGAAUCAUUUUACAGAGGAUCAGAGUAAACAAAUGGACGAGUUUUUCCAAACGAAACUAGCUGGAACAAAACUAGGAGCCAUACUGAAGUAUGACCUUUACUGCCAAUAAAUGUGAAGAUACGACAGAAGCUGCAGACGAAUGAACUAACCCGCACAAAUGGGGAAGGCUUUUCAAAUCACACAGAUUUACUGUCACUUACAUUGGCAGCUAUUCAUGUACAUUUUUAAUAGUUUUGAUGUUUUGUUGACUAGUACAGUACAUUCCAUUAAUUAUUAUUAUCUGUGCGUGUUUUACAAAAAACUCACUUUGUCUUUAAACCUAAUAUGUAUUUGCUAACAUAUAUAUAUAUAU